AUGUUAUCGAUCGAUUAUUGCGAUACGACACCGUUAAUUGCUAAAAAAAAUGGUAUUUCGUGGAGGAAGCGAUGGAUUGGUCAGUCUAAGCAAUUUUUCGAGACGAUCAAUCCGCUUGAUGGAUUUGAUGGAAAAGAAUCAUUUGAAACUUAUAUGUGGAAUCAAUCACUUAAGAUUGAACCGAAAGAUAUCGAUAAAAUGGAAAUAAUCAAACCGUCCCGUCCAGCGAAUGUUCUCAAAUCACCUGGAAUUAAACUGCCAAAGAAUUUGCCAUCAGUGCCGUCAACAAGUGGAACAUCGAAUCACUAUGCUGGAUAUCGAGGAAGUGGUCGAGGUUUUUCACCGAGUUUUCACUCACAUAAUCAUGGAGUUAGCACUGUGGAUUCUGCUAUUGUGUCAGUUUUUGUUCAUAUUUUUGAGAUUAUUUCAUGGUCGAAAAGCUGGACGGCUACAAAUUUAGCUACUGCACUAGAGGAGAAAAAUUCACAUUUGGGAAUGGUUGAAAUUAAUCCAGGUUGUCAACCUCGUUAUUUGGGCGAUGCUUUUCGAGGGCAGGCAGUUAUGACAUGUCCAAUACGUCCACCUCCACUCGUUCCUCGAACGCGAAGGGAUAAGGCUGCAUCUACGCCACCAACUCCUUUAGAAAAUACUACAACUUCAGUUUGUAGUUCCAUUGCCAGUACGGCAGCUGUUAAAUUGCAAGGUAGCACUCCGCCGCCACUUUAUCCAAGACGAAUAUCGCCGCAAUUCUUCGCUCUGCCGAAUUUUUCUGUCCCACAUUCAAAGCCUUGUGAUGAAUCUCCUCCUGAGCAGAAAGCUCCUUGGUCGAGCACCCUAACAGAUCACAAGGAUUUAAAAUCUCUCAAUUUCACUUCAAACGAUCUUGAAAAUAAUGAUACAACCACUGUUGUGGCAGAAACUGGCAUAACAAAUUCAGAAUCAGUAAAACCUGCAGUACCUCCCAGGAUGAAGACAGAUGCUCUUCCUGCUCCGCUUUCUCCUGAAACAGUACGAGUCGUGUGGAGUGGGUGA